AAUUUUUAUUAAAAUACCAAAAAUGUCAUUCUUAACAACUUUGUCAAAUUCAUGCACUCUCCAAAGUAGUUUAUUUUGUGCACAAAAACCAAAUCCACUAUCACUAAAGACAUCAAUUUUACCAACCCAUGUUGGGAACAAAAUUGUUUAUCAACCUCUAAGGCAUAAUAAAGUGUUUUCACGCAAUAGGAGUGUGGGGAAAAUAGAGGCAUCACUUAAGUGGGAAAAGGGUUAUAAGAAUGUUGAGGUUUUCAGUAAGGAACACCUUGCUGUGUCCUUGGCAUAUGAUGUUGCUCAACUUUCUACCAAGUUUACCAGAGAAAGAGGUGCUUUCACGGUUGCUUUGUCUGGUGGAUCAUUGAUCAAGUACCUUAGGAAAUUGGUUGAUUCUCCAUAUGCUGAAACCAUAGAUUGGUCAAAAUGGCAUGUUUUCUGGGCUGAUGAGAGAGUUGUCCCAAAAGAUGACUUAGAAAGUAACUAUAAGCUUGCCAAAGAUGGAUUUCUCUCCAAGGUGCCAAUUCCUCCUCUCAAUGUUUAUUCUAUUGAUGAUUCCCUGCCAGCUGAUGGAGCAGCAGAUACUUAUGAGACAACCCUAAGACGCUUGGUUACUAGCAAUGUGAUAGCCUCAACCAAUGGGUUACCAAAAUUUGAUCUCAUGCUCCUAGGUAUGGGUCCAGAUGGACAUGUUGCAUCUUUAUUCCCAGGUCAUCCUCUUCUCAAUGAGGAUAAGAAGUGGGUUUCUUUCCUCAAUGACUCGCCAAAACAACCACCGAAGAGAAUCACUUUCACAUUUCCGGUGAUCAAUGCUUCUUCCAAUGUAGCAAUGGUGGUUACCGGAGCAGGUAAAUCAACAGCAGUUUACACUGCACUUGAGGAUGAUGCAAAAACUGUUGAGUUGCCUGUUGAAAAGGUUUCACCUUAUGAAGGGGAACUGAAAUGGUACUUAGACAAAGGUGCUGCUUCAAAACUGUUCAAGGAGUAGAAGCAUAUACAAUGAUACACAUGCAAAUAAUUAUUAAUUAAUAUGUUUUAUUUGUUUUAAGAUGCAUUUUGAACCAAUUAAUUAAGCAGGCUUUCUAGAUCUUUGGAAAAAUAAACCGAGAUGUAUUGUAUGAUGGCAUUACUUAUUAAAUAUUUAUAAGUCAAGAAAUAAUAAAAGGUUUGUUCUU